CAGCCAUGCCUUGAGGAAACCGGUAGAGAGCUUGAUUUUUCCCUUCUUUUCUUGUCCAAGAACCUGAUUUGGAACCCAGAAAUCUCCCCCCCUGCAGGAAGCUUCCGGAUCUGCUCUGCUCUUCCCUCUGCUGUCCGUCGGCUUCAGCUUGUGGGUGCGAAAUUCUGGACCUUUUGGAAUUUUGAUAGAUUUCCCGUGAGCCCGUGAGCUUUCUUCUUCCAUGCUGCCGGCCUUCCCCCAAUUUGCAGCUCCGGUUUUAGCUGGAGAAUUAUGGUUCUCGAUCGUUCUGUCAGUUAGCAUGGAGAUUGAGUGCUCGGUUUUAUGCGAGUGAGGUAAGUAGAUUAUGGUAAUGCCCGUACAGUUUUUAAAAGUAUGUUUUGAUUUAUUUUUGAAGUGGUGGCGGGACUAACCCAAUUUACAUAAGUAUGAUUGAUUUGAAGUGAAAUUUUUAUACUUUUCAUUAAAUUGAGCAUGCCUACUUGAAAUUUAAUUGAUUGUCUUGAUGAUUUGAAAGUGAUUGGUGAAUUAUGAUUUUUUUGUUAACUUCUUGUCUCCGAUGUGGUUAUGUUAUUGAUGAUCCUGAUAGUGGGGGUUAAACGCUAGCACAUGUCAACAUGUUAUUGAUAGAACUGGUUCAUUCAACCCUGCUAGUAGGGGUUAUACACCAGCAAAUAGUGUAGCCUACCAAUGGGAAGUUUAAUACACUGGCCAUGACCUAUAGAGGAGACGUCUAUUUUGUUCCCGUAUUGUAUCCGUUUUUCAUGAUUGCACUUGUUGGCAUGCUAUAAGUUUAAUAAGGGGUACUCCAUAUUUUACUUACUGAGUGUAUCUCAUAGUUUUUCCUUGUCCACCAUUUCAGGAAAUGAAACCGAGGACGGGGAAACCACGGGAAGUGACGAGUUAGAAGGCUAGCCAUUUUGAGAUUGAUAUAGAUUUUAGAUAUAGAUCAUGAUCUUGUAAACUGGAUUUUUAUUGGAGAUUUUAUAAAUUCAUUAAAUGGAUUGUUAGUUACAAGAGAUUUGACCUUGAGUUAUAAGAUUUGAUCUGGA